AUGGCGGUGGCCAGGAAGAUCAAAACUUUGCUGACGGUCAACAUCCUGGUGUUCGUGGGCAUCAUCCUCUUCUCGGUGUACUGCCGCCUGCAGGACCGCUCAGAGGGGCCGGUGCAGAUCGUGCGCAGCGCCGACCGCCGGGUGCGCAGCCGGCACGCCACGGUGGGCGCGCUGGCGGAGCGCGAGGCCAUCCUGCAACGCCUCGACCACCUGGAGGAGGUGGUCUACACCCAGCUGAACGGGCUCGCCAAGCCCAUUGGUCUGGUGGAGGGGCCGGGCGGCCUGGGCCAGGGCGGCAUGGCGGCCACACUGCGUGACGACAGCCAGGAGACAGAGGGCAAGUUCGAGGAAUACGGGUACAACGCACAGCUCAGCGACCGCAUCUCCCUGGACAGGACCAUCCCUGACUACAGGCCCAAAAAGUGCAGACAGAUGACCUACUCGGACGACCUGCCCCAGAUCUCCGUGGUGUUCAUCUUUGUCAAUGAAGCCCUCUCGGUCAUCCUGCGCUCCGUCCACAGCGUGGUCAACCACACGCCCUCCCAGCUCCUCAGGGAGGUCAUCCUGGUGGACGACAACAGCGACAACGUGGAACUCAAGCUCCACCUGGACCAGUACGUCAGCAAGAGGUACCCGGGCCUUGUGAAAAUCGUCCGAAACGGCAGGAGAGAAGGCCUGAUCCGGGCUCGCCUGCAGGGCUGGAAGGUCGCCACGGCCCCUGUCGUGGGCUUCUUCGACGCCCACGUGGAGUUCAGCGUGGGCUGGGCCGAGCCCGCCCUCUCGCGGAUCCGGGAGGACCGCCGGCGCAUCGUCCUGCCGGCCAUCGACAACAUCAAGUACGACACAUUUGAGGUGCAGCAGUACGCCAGCGCUGCCCACGGCUACAACUGGGGCCUCUGGUGCAUGUACAUCAUCCCGCCCCAGGACUGGCUGGACCGUGGUGACGAGGCAGCGCCCAUCAGAACCCCAGCCAUGAUCGGCUGCUCCUUCGUGGUGGACCGGGAGUACUUCGGGGACAUCGGCCUGCUGGACCCGGGCAUGGAGGUGUACGGUGGGGAGAACAUCGAGCUGGGCAUGAGGGUGUGGCAGUGCGGCGGCAGCAUGGAGGUUCUGCCCUGCUCCCGCGUGGCCCACAUCGAGCGUACCAAGAAGCCCUACAACAACGACAUUGACUACUACGCAAAGCGCAACGCCCUGCGGGCGGCCGAGGUGUGGAUGGACAGCUUCAAGUCCCACGUGUACAUGGCCUGGAACAUCCCCAUGAGCAACCCCGGUGUGGACUUUGGGGACGUGUCCGAGCGGCUGGCCCUGCGCCGGAGGCUGAAGUGCCGCAGCUUCAAGUGGUACCUGGACAACGUGUACCCGGAGAUGAGGACCUACAACGACACGCUCACGUACGGAGAGGUGAGAAACAGCAAAGCCAGCGGCUACUGCUUGGACCAGGGGGCAGAAGACGAUGACCGUGCCAUCCUGUACCCCUGCCACGGGAUGUCCUCCCAGCUGGUGCGGUACAGCGCCGAGGGCCUGCUGCAGCUGGGCCCCCUGGGCUCCACCGCCUUCCUGCCCGACUCCAAGUGCCUGGUGGAUGACGGCAGGGGCCGCACGCCCGCCCUGAGGAAGUGUGAGGACGUGGCCCGGCCAGCGCAGCGGCUGUGGGACUUCACCCAGGGCGGUCCCAUCGUGAGCAGAGACACAGGCCGGUGCCUGGAGGUGGAGAUGUCCAAGGACGCCAACUUUGGGCUCCGGCUGGUGGUGCAGAGGUGCUCGGGGCAGAAGUGGACCAUCAGAAACUGGAUCAAGCCAGGGCGGCACUGACCCCCAGGCUCACCCUGUGCCCCCGCCCCAGCGCAGACCCCGAGGACCUGGGGCAGGCGUGGGGCCCCUCCCACUCAGCCCACCACUGGAACCCAGAGGGCCCU